AUGGAUUACAAAAAUUUAAAAACAACUCUUAGAUAUUUACAAGAUCUAAAAGACAGAAAAAGCAGAAGUACAUACAUAGUUGUUUAUAAUGGUGCUCCCAUUAGUUGGUGUUCCAAGAGGCAAAGUGUGACAGCUGUUUCAUCAACUGAAGCAGAAUACAUUUCAGAAGCAGAAUGCUCCAAAGAAAUAAAACACAUCAAUACCCUAAUACAAAAGUUAACCAGAAGAAAAGCGAAAAUCAUUCUUCAUGCAGACAAUCAAAGUGCUAUCCAAAUGAUUAAAUCAGGACAGCAAGAUGUUGAAAGGUGCAGAGCAAUUUAUAUAUUAAAUAAGAAAAAUGAAGUUCUUGAUGAAAGGAUUACCUUCAUAGGCACGUUAAGGUCAUACUGCCCACGUUUUCAUUCUGCUCCAUUGAUGUCGAGUUGGAUUCAGCUUCAAUGCUGUGAACAACUAUUAGAGAAUUGGCUAUCGCUCUAUUUAGUGGUUUCAAAAUAUGUAAUGUCAUUAGACAAUGUUUUCCCAAUGGCAGUGUUCACACAGGCUGUCAGUGGGAGAGAAUGUCAAACUAAAAAGACUAACAUUGAUGUUAGUAGGGAAGGUCACAAUCUCAUCUGUUAA